UUGUUUUUAGUUUGUGUUUGCUUUUUUUUUGACGUCGUUUUUGUGUUUCCAUCACCAAACAAUAGAUAAAAUUGUGGUUGUUUACAGUAUCUAUUUUUGUCAAUAUCGAAAGGAGCACGUACGUGUGUAGAAAUGCAGACCACUUGCUCAAUUUUGACCAGAGACAACGGUUGAUCCAUCUGUUUUUUUUUUCUUGAAUACUUUUGCCAAACAAACUGAAACCGUGUUUUUAUAUAUCUUUGUCGCCGUGAAUUAGACUCUGUAUAUAUCAUUAGACUCUAUAUAUACAUCCAGAAUUCUCCAUUUGAGAUUAAUUAGAAGCCAAAUACUUUCAUAAACAUUUUCAAGAAUAACAAGAAAAGCUUGAAAAGAUCGAGCUAUCAUGGUCAGAUCAGAACUAGGAAGAAGGAGAUUUUUAUCUCGAGCUGAAAUGGCGCCGGCGUCAAUGAUUUCUCGCCGGAGCUGUUCAAUGUCUCCGACACUAGAGACCAUAUUUGAAGAAAGGUCCGAUGAUUUUAACCAUCAAGAUUAUUAUUCAAAAGUCGUUGUGAGCCAACGACACCGUCUCUUCCUUAUCGUUCCGGCGAUUAUAUCGGCCGUGUCUUGUGUUUUGUUGUAUAGACAUGAUCGUGUUGUUCGAUUUUCUUGAACAUGUUACAUACCUAUGCACAAGUAUUUCAAUGUAAUUUAUGUAUAAGCAGCAGGUAAAUGUAAAAGCAGCAGGGUUUCUUAUAUAUAAUCUUAUGUCUCUGUUUCAGUUCAUUUCAUUCUCAAAUUGAAUUUUAUAACAUGUUCUUAAUGCUCAUUAGUUCUGAAUUUUCUUACCAGUAAUAUAUUUUUUAACAUGGCUCGAGUUUUUGGCAAAUGAAAUCCUAUGAAAAAACGUCGCCUUAAUCCAACAAAGCUAGAUAUUGUUGAAAUUUGCGAACAAAUUAUGCCGAUAUAAUAUUUCAAAUAUGUUUAAAAUAGCUUUUGACCUAUGCAAACACACAUUUUCUAGUAUGACUCUUUAUUUAACCUAAAAUCAUGGACAUAACUUGUUAUUAACAACAUAUACAAAGUGCAGAUUAAAGAAGUAAUCAGUAAGUCUUUGAUAGUCUUGUACAACACAAAGUACAAAAUCAUUGAGAGGAGAAGAGGAAGAAAGAUCACAAUCCGUUUUGGAGCUUGAACUGGAAAACUACCACAUCCUUCUUCAAGAAUUGUUUCCAACUUAGGCUGCGAGAUGCUCCUCGAUAAUCGCCCCUGUUGAAUCCGUUGAAAUAGUGAAGGCGUUACCUCUCCCCAUGUUUGAAUAAACCUCAUUUCAUUGGCCAUUAGUUAUGCAGUUUUAAAAAUCUUGUUGUCUUGAAAAUGGGCAGAGAAAAAAAGAAGAAGAUUAAGGUGUUGUAUGAAGGAUUUGAUUGUUUUACUCCUAGAUUGGAACCAAAGAUAGGUUAUUUAUUUUAAAGAUCAGAAGACUUUUUUACGGGCAAAUCUCUUAUGUUUUUAUUUUUUUUAUUUAAAGGUAUUAAAGACAGAAUUUGAUUAACAAACUGAAAUUAGAUUAAAUACUCACACAAUACCAUUUUACUUUCUCAGCAUCCUUACGCUUUGACUUUGUCCUUUCAGACCCUGAAGUUAGAUUAAAUACUCACAUGUAAUUUACAAAUUAGACUAAGUCUAACUUAUAUACAGCUAAAACUACAUUUAUAAAAUAACUUUGAUUAAUCAUAAGAAUAUGAGUAUACUUAAACAAACCAUUAAACUUAUCAUGUAUCUCUGAUUAACCGCAACAUAUAAACUUAUGUUAUUAGCUCACUGAAAACAAAUAUUAGUUUGGAGCUUUGUCUUACUUCUUUAUGUCUUGUUGUUCAUGUGUUUUUCCUAAUUUAACUUGCAAUCUAUGACUGAUUUCUCUUAUUACAUUAAUAGCUACUAUACCCACCGUAGUACUUUAAUGGUGUUUUCAAUUUAUAUUUUGUUUUAAAAUCUAUUGUACAAUAGAAAAACAAUUAAAACAGAAAUAUUUUACCUUUUAUAAGAGUUUGUUCUUCGUAGACUUCCAUGUCUGCAUGUUCUAUCUUUUUCCUUUUUAGCUGGAUCUUACUUUAGAUCUCUAUUCACUAUUGAAUUAAUCUCCGGUAGUUCAAAGCCAUCAUAUCCACUUUUCUUGAAUCUUCAUAACCACAAAGAAGAAAAAUAACAAGUGGAGAAUACAGUUUAAUGGAACUCGGCUGACUUGUACCACUAUAUACGGGUCCAAUUCUGUAUUAUAGUAUUGAAAUUGAAAAGGAAUUAGGAGUGUAAUUUUUUCCUAAUCUAUUUACUUUCGAUUGAGACUUUGCUUCCAUUUGUCUACCAAAUUUUACAAAUAUAUAGGAGCAGGAAAAAAAGGUUGUGUAAGGAGGAGGAUUAUGGGUAGUGAGAUACGUGGGUUACAGUUUUUGACAUUUUAAUUAUUUUUAAAUUUUGUAAAUAUAAAUUAUGUGGCAAAUUUUGAUUGAUAAAGUGACUUGUAUAAAAAUGAUUAUGCAAACCGUUACAUUGACACUUGACGUUUUUUCUUCUUAAAAUCACACAAGUUUGAUAUUUGUUCUAUUAUAUAACUCAUAAUAUUUAAAAGUUACAGAUAAGUUUAGCGAAUUAGAUAAUCUUUUCUCUUUGUUAUGUUGUUCACUGGACAGUUCUAUAUUUCUUAUAAGCUAUAAAUGAAUGAAAAAGGAUGUUAUUUUUCAAAUUAAAUAAAUACGUUUAUAUGUAUUUCUUAAAGUAAAUAAAUCAUGAACAUAUUAAUCAUGGACAUAUCAAAAAUUAAGGUGUAAUAUAUAAAAAUAAUUCGAUUUUCAGAUUAAUUAUUAAAAUUUAUAUUAAAUAUUUAGUAAUAAUUGUUUAAAUUCCAUGAAUUUGAGGAUCAGCCAUGCCAUACGCGCAAAUAAAAAUAAACAUUAGAAAGAAUUGAAAGAAAAGAAAAAUAGCGAAGUCAUCCUUUUUCAUCAGAAAACAUGAAAAUAAUCGGAAAAAAAGAAUCGUUUAUCAAAUAAAUAAAUAAAUCACAAGAAUAAUAGAAAUUAAAGGUUUUCUGUAAGAACAAUUAAAAAAGAAUCAAUUGUGAGAAAAAGAAACCUGAAACUCCCUUCAAUGGCGGAAGAAGAGAAGCCAGCUACUACACCUGAACCUACUCUUCCUUCUCCGCCGGAAUUUCCAUCAAACCCCGAUGAUCCGCCACCAGAAACGCCUACUCCUCCGGCCAAAUUCGAUCCUAGUCGAAGUAAUUCUCCAAUUUCCCUCUUUUUUCUGCAACAAUCAAAUUGAUUUCUUCAAUUAGACUGAUGUAAUAAUCCCCAAAGCUCGUUUCUUUCCCACAAGAACCAAUUGGGUUUUGACCAAAUGUAGGGAAAUAGCUCAACUUUGCUUCGAUAGUGAGACAUUAGAGCUGAUAUGAACACUUACUCUGUUUCUCAGUUUCAGAUUCAUAUGAAUGUAUGUAUGGUGUAACAGACGUGUAUAACAAGUUGAAUCACUAAUGUUUCUGAAAGAUCCAUGAUUCAGAUUCAUUCACCAUCUUGCUCUAUUUUAGCAAAUUCGAUCUCUUAUCUAUUCAUUGUAAAGAAUGUUUGUUCUUCAUAUGUUCCCAUUGUUUAUAUGAACUUGUUAGCAUUAGCCAUUAGGUAGAUACAUGUUAUGUUGUGAAAUCGACCAACUGAGCUACAAACUUCUUCACCUAUUAACGUACAAACACCGAAAUAUAAAAUUAAACAUGUGUCAGAUGACACCCCAUUCUAUAAUGUAGGUCCGCCUCUGUUGUACAGCAGUUACACACUUACACGGUUACAUCCAUUCUAAAGACAUCGGCCAUGUUCGUUUACGUGUCGCGCGACUUGCGACUAAGAUUACGUUCGUUUACGUGUCGCGCGAUCUGCGACUUGCGACUAAACCUGCGACCUGCGACUAAAACUAUGUUCGUUUACGUGUCGCGCGAUCUGCGACCAGUCGCGCGAUCAUAAUUUUCUUAAUUUUUAGUCGCUGUUUUUUCGGGCGACUUGAAUGGAAACCCGCGACUGGUCGCGUGAUCAGUCGCGCGACAUCAAAACGACCAACAACCUGCGACUGGUCGCGCGAUCAGUCGCAGGUCGCAGGUAGCGACUAAUCUUCUAACUAAGAGUUAUAGGAAAGGCCCCUAAAUUUUUCCACAUUGGGCCUUAAUUUUGACAUUCAUGUCCAAAUAAUUAGACUGGAAAUUUUAGUUUUAUCCAUAAUUUUUCUUUUGAAGUUAACUUUUUAUCUAUAAAUUCGUCACAUUUUAUAUUCUUUUUCUCCUUUAAAUUACUUUUUUAUUUUUGUCAUCAUUUCUUCGCUUUAAUUAUAGUUUUAAACCUCGAUGGAAAUAUGACUUUGAGCUCACUAUAAGUCUAUAACCAUAUAUAAAUAUAUAGAUAUUGCAACAAUAUGUACUAUCAUGGGUGUAUGUUUGUGGUCCUUCCAUGAUUAUCUGGAAGAUAAUUAACCAAUAAAAAUCAAAGUUUAGUACAUAGGCUAUUUGAACUAAUUUACAUGUAAUGGGUAAUCAUAAAUUAAUUAGAGUGAAUCUAAUAAUAGAAAGGUAUAUACCUCAGGGUGGACAUAUCUUUCAAAUCGUAAUUAGGGUUUAUUCCAUAUAGAGCAUUGACAAGCUUAAUGGACAAAAGUAAUCAUGAGUCACGACCCACUAGAUUCAUUAAUGGUCCAUUUUAAAAGUACAUCAACUUCGCUUAUAUUUUAAUGUACACUCUUAGUUAAUACACUUAAUCCAAUUGGUUAUGAAAAAAAUCCCAUAUAAUAACUUUUAUGUAGUUUUGCUGUCUCUUAGUAUUUGUUAGAAUAAACAAAAAGAUAAAUUAAAUUGAUGAAAAAAUAAAUCAACUUGGUACUGUUUUGUUGGACUAAUAUAAAAAUAAUUUUAUAUUUUGCUUCAGUCACGGCUAUGAAAUCUUAUCUAAAUGGAUGAACUACACAUACAACAAACCAAUCAGUCAAUGGAUUAUGCUCAUCGAUAUAGAUAUAUCAUGAUUCAGAAGUUCUUUUGUCAAACAUAAGCAGUCUUUAUCGUUGAACUUACUUUCGUUACGUAUAAGUGAUAUGAUGAUUCGUAUACAUGUUCAUUUUGUUCCAAAAGAAAGAAGAAAACUAAAGAGAAAUAUUAUAAAAUAAUUAGAUCUUUUAUUUUUGACCAAAAAAAAAAAAAAUUAGAUCUUUUAUUUGUGUGCAAGGCAGUACGUAACGCACAUAGUUGCAAUGACCAGAAAAUAGUACAUGUGCACUAUAAAAGCUGUUUAUAAAAUCAUAACAUCACAUCACUAACUGUGGUCAAAACAGUACCACUACAUACGAAUCUAGUAAAGAUUCAGAUCCAUGCAUUAGUUUCAUUUCCUAAAUAUUUAUAAUAGUUUAGUUUUAUAGAUAUUUACAAUAUCAAUACUCUAACGUUUAAAUUCCUGAAAUAUACAAUAUAACACGUAAAAUGCACAAUACUUAUUCUACAGGCUCGAUGUUUUAUUUUUCUUUUCCACUUUUACUACUUUAGGUAUGUUUAUUGUAGUUUCGUAUCAAACGAAGGUUGCGUGUUCGAUUGACGUCGUGUUCAAAACUCCCGUAAAUUUGAUCUUUAAUUUUGUUUUAAAAAAAAAUGUAUCUUUUUAACAAUUAUAGUUUGAGAAUACUUAUAAUACAUCAGAAAGUAUUUGGUAUUCUGCAAAAUAACUCUAGGAUUUUGUAUGCACACGUACACAAGGGUAUGUACAUCCUAGCUAGACUAAAAGCAAUAUAUAACUUUUUGUAUAAACAAUGUUUUCAGUUUUCACAAAUAUUAUUUUCUCAUUUAUUAUGUUUAGAGGUCAAGCGGUAAAAUGUAAAAUAAGAUAAACGCAUAUAAAACAUAGAGGAUUGGUUUAAAGCAAAAAAAAAAAAACAUAGAGGAUUGGUGAAUUACCAAAGUUAACAUGGACAACAACAUCAAAGAAGAAACCAGAUUAUAGGUUAUAGAAUUUUGUUGUAUACACAUUAUAAUUUGAAUUCUUUAAAAAUUAAUUCGAAAAGCAGAAACCUCAAAUUUUAUACACAGUAUUAGAAAAACACCAUUGUUGGUUUUUUCAUCAUGAUUUGAGAAAAAUAAUAAUAAAACAUGAGAAAAAGAAGAAUAAAUACAUUCAUUUUAUUUGAUUUUUUGAGAAACCAUCUAUAUAUUUAUAAUAUUUUAAGGGUAUCAUUUUCAAAUAUUAAAAGUUAAAUUAUAUUGAAAUAAUAUAUAUUACAGUUAAAAAACUGUGUUUGAGAGCGAUAAAUAGAGAGUAAGCAGAAAUUUGGAUGACCAAGAAGCAGACACGUGCAGUGGUCUGGUAAAGGCAACAGUGAUCGAGAAGUCAGCAAGUGUCCGUUAAGACAGCGACACGUGCUCUCGAGCCCGUCGUGAACCACUUGCUCCUCUUUUUGCUUCUCCUUUAUUCUUCUUAAUUACUACUCCCUAAGUUUCACACUGUGAUUAGUUUUAGUAAAAUAUUUUUGUUUCAAAAUGUAACUAAUCUUCAUAUUUCUAAGUAACUUUUACAUUUAUUGAAUAUAGUAUAACCAAUUAAAUUAAAUAAAUUUAUUUUUUGUUGGUUAAAUUAUAUCUAACCUAUUUAUUAUAAAAUACUUUUUAAAAACAAUAAUUUUAUUAAUCUUCGUGCUGUUAGCCAAAACUACUUAUAUUAUGAAACGGAGGGAAUACUAUACUAUUAUUGAAUUCCACAAAUCACAUUAAGUAUCCCCCUUAUUAAAGUUAAUUCAAAUUGCGCGAAUGCAAACACAUGUUUAGCUCUUAAAUUAAUCUUUAGGUGUUUAUUCUAGUAUGAGUUUAAGCGGUGUGACCUAAGACAUACUAUCUCCGUUUCGUUAAGAUAUACUUUUUAGAAAAAAAGUUUGUUUCACAAAGAUGUAUUUUUCGUGUUUUUAUAAAAAAAAAUUGUAAAUUUCAAGAAAAUUAAUUAACUUUAUUAAACUAAAUAUUGGUUAAAAAUUAUUGAAAAUUGAAAAGUAUGUACAUUUAUUAUGAUAGUUUAAUGUGUUUUCUUAAUAUGUGUGAAAAUAUUAAAAAGUCUAUCGUUGUGAAACGGAGAGAGUAAUAUAUAUGGAUCUGCAUUCUUGAUAAAUAUGAUUAGUAGGUGGAAAAGAAACUUAUAAAGCUAUGUAGAGUAAAAAGUAGUUAUAUAUAGCAUAUACGUUUGUUGCAUAUAUAUAUGUUUAUUUGCAUAAAUAUGUGUAGUUUUGGGUUUAAUAUCAUCGCUAAAGCUUGGACAACUCACUUAACACUACGUGAAAUUCAAUUUAAACAAGUUUUGCAGUGUCGCGUUAUAGCUACUUUUCGGCUUAUUUCUUGAUCUUCUAGACCAGUGUUAGGGUGUUUAAGCAUAUUUCUACAAAGAAUCAAACAAUGUGAUGAAUACUACUAUCAUUUAUUUUGGACCCUCGAGACUAAGUAAUGUUGCCAAGCUUUCUAUAAAGAAGACUUUCCGAUCAAUGGUUAAAGAGAUCAAAAGAUGCUAACUCCCUGAGUACUCAGUCUCCGAUACGGAUCACUUGAAAUUUCGUACUCAAAAGAGGAUAAGAUUCAUGCGUAUAAACCCUUCACAUUUUUCUCAUAGUAGGUUACAAAAAAAAAACUAUUUAACUCAUAGUAGCUACAAAAUGCUUAAAGCAGAUAUUUACAUAUAUAUUGUGCAAGUAAACUGUCUCCAUCCACACACGUACAUUUAGGAAUAAAUUUGUAUAAACCACCGAGCACAAGCUACAGAGUAAGUAGGUAAUGAUAUUCAAGUUCUGUAGGCCUAUACGGUACGACCUAGUUGAAAAUGAUCCGACAUCAUUUUUCUCGUCUUUCUUUUGAUGCUAUCUCUAUUUGCCUUUUUAAAAAUGUAUCAUCAGAAUAUAACCAUAAAAAUUACCCAAUACAACAUCUAUAAUCAGUCACCAAUCAGAAUCUUUUUUUUUGGGUCAAGUACCAAGCAAAAUCUUGAAGGUGGUCAACUUAAAUAAUUUUUGAAAAGGCAUAUCUACAAAGCUUCUACAUGUAUUCCUUUUUUAUUUGCAAUAAUGUAUUCUAUAGCUAACCAGCCAACAUCAAUGGUUUAUUUAGCUAUUUCUAUUAAUUUCAAGAAUUGAGUUAGUUUUGUAUCUCACUUAAUAAAAGUAUAUGUUUUGAAUUUUAUUUUAAAGUUAGUAAAUAUAUAAACUGUCGUGUGCGUGUCUUAUUUAAUGCCAAAAUCAGACAUAUUUUGUCCGCUUUGAAAAAAAUUAAAUCAUUUUACAUUAAAUAGAGGAAUAUGGCAAAACAAAUAUUUAAACCUUUUACAUUCAAUAAAAUUAAACCAUUUUGUAUUCAAUAAAUCAUAAAUAUUGUUUCCAAGAUAAAGGAUGAUAAUUUAAUACAGAUAUUUUAUAGAGGAAGAUGGCAAUUCAGUGAAAAAGUCAUGUAAUAAAGGGUAGAACUGGAAAUAAACAGAGAAGACUGGUUUGUGUCCAAACUCUCUCUCUCUCUGAACAUCACUCCUUUAAAUCACCAUCAAAGAAAUUCCAAUUUUCUCGGAUUUUCUUUCUAAAUUUUUAUUCUCACAAUCCCUAAAACCCUAGCCCUCUUUCACGCAACUUCAGCUCAAAGCUCAAGCUCCUCUGUUCCUCCUUCCUGAGGAGUGUUUCAGACAGUGCUUUUGAUGACUCUGCAAACACAGCUGCAGACAAGCUUAAACGAAGCUGUAUCUACUGACUUUGAUGGUGAAAUAUCAAAAACCCUAAUUUAAUUUUUCUUUUCCUCUGGGGGUUUUCAUCAUCAAUGCUCACACAGUACAGUGGGUAAGCAAUAAAAAGUCCAAAGUCCCAACCUUUACUCCUUUAAAUCCCAAUAAAACCCAUACA